GAGAGCGGUGACACUGCUCGAGUGACUGCAGCUACCACCGAAAAAAAAAAACGAGACGAUCAUGUCUGUCGGGACGGGCCCGCCGUUAGUGGUGGUCACAUUGCUCGCGAUGAUUGCGGGACUAAUGUGUUCAGACACGGCCAGCGCCGCGGUGGCUGAGGACAGCGAGCUAUACAACCGUCUGCGGAACCUGCUGAAGUCGGCCGGUCCGCUGCAGACGGCGCGCACCACCAACACCACGCCGCUGCCGCGAGCCGCGCUCGAGCGCAUGUUCCGCAUGUUCGUCAACGGCACCGUCGGCAACGGCAGCGGCGACGAGCCGCUCGACUUCUCCGACCUGAUCGACAGCCGCGGCGAGGCGAGCCGCACGGGCGUGGUGAUCCUGGCCUACUCGGCCAUCAUCCUGGUGUCGCUGUUCGGCAACCUGCUCGUCUGCCAGGUGGUGGUGCGCAACAAGCGGCUGCACACGGUCACCAACACGUUCAUCGCCAACCUGGCCGUGUCUGACGUGCUGAUGACGUGCCUCAACAUCCCCUUCAACAUCAGCCGCGUGCUGCUGGACGACUGGCCGUUCGGCGGCUUCAUGUGCAGCGUGGUGCCGUACGUGCAGGUGUGCGCCGUCUACGUCAGCGCCUUCACCAUGGUGGCCAUCGCGCUCGACCGCUACCAGGUGAUCGUGAAGCCGCUGAAGCCGCGACUGGGGCCGCGACAGGGUGCCGCCAUCAUCGCCGUCAUCUGGCUUCUGGCGGCCGUUAUCUCGCUGCCGCACGCCGUCUACAACGAGGUGGUGACCGUGUUCACGUUCCGCGCGCUGUCACGCUGCCAGACGCGCUACCCGCGCCCGUCGCGCGACUUCCGCAAGUGGCUGACGCUGCUGACCAGCCUGACGCAGUACUACGUGCCGCUGACCAUCACUGGCGUAGCCUACUCCAUCAUCACGCGCAAGGUGUGGAGCCGCGUGGUGCUUGGAGCCGCCACCGAGGAGCAGAUGGUCUACCAGGCGCGCGCCAAGCGCAAGACCAUCAAGAUGCUGAUGGUGGUCGUGGUUCUCUUCGCCAUCUGCUGGAUGCCGCUCAAUCUCUACCAUCUGAUCGUCGAUUUCAGCCAGAGCACCAGUCCGACGCGGCACAACUCGACGCUGUUCUUCUUCUGCCACUGGCUGGCGAUGUCCAACGUCUGCUACAACCCGUUCAUCUACUGCUGGCUCAACGAACACUUCCGCGCCGGCGCGCUCUCCUGGUUCAAGUGCCUGGCGCGCCGUUCGUCCAAGGUGCAUCCAGCCAUUGAAAUCAACGGCAUCCUGGUGCAGACGUCACGGCGGCGCGGCGGCGACUCGACUCCCAACACCAUGUCGAGCAGCCUGCGCGCCGACUCUGUGCGCCGCCAGGCGCCCGGUCGGCAGCACGAGGUCACCCUCAACGGCUACGUGGAGAUCCGCAGCCGGCGCGUGCUGGCCUCGCUGCUGGCGUCGGGCCGCGUGUCCACCGAGCCGGAGCCGCUGGCCGCCGCGCCCGACUCCCCGGGAGAGCCGCGCGAGAGCGGCUUCCCGCUGCUGCCGCGCCUCUGCGAGCAGGGCAAGGCAGACGCGUACGACGUCAUCUGCCGCAACAUCGAGAUCGUCUACCGCAAGAAGGAAGGAAACGGGACGGUGCGCGGCGGCCGGACCGAGCCGAUUCCCUCCGCCGACCAGUUCAACGUCAGUAUCUUCGCCGGCGGCGAGACGCCUGCCGCUGCGACCGGCGGCGCCGACAGGGAGCCGGAGGACAGCGACAUGGUGCAGCCGGUCUCGGAGCGGGUGUAUCGUGGCCAGCUGACGGGCCUGCUCCGGAAACAGGUGCUCAACGGGGACGGCGGCGGAGGCAGCAGCGGCGGGCGCAGACUCCGUGAGACCAGCUUCGCGCUGGGCGACCCUGGCCGGACGCGGAGGUCGCCCAACCGGCGAAACUCGUCCACGCGCUCCCGACGAUCGGUCUGAGCUGAGUGUCACCUGACCCGUACCGAGACCUGGCCCUUGGUGGC